AUCGAGCCCCCCAUGUCCGACGUCGCCGGUCCCUCCACGACCGUCUCGACGAUUGUCGAGUCGGACGUAGUCCACGAUGCCGCCGCGCACUGGACGUCCGCGCUCGACCUGUCCGUGGGCAAAAAGAUCGCGAUCGACGUCGUGGCGGCCGCCGCCGCGUCCUUCCUCGUGUCUCCCACUAUUACAGCCAUUGACCGCGCCAUCAUUGAAAACGCCAGCGGCAAACGCGUGCUCAUGCAAGGCAUCAAGGACAUCUCGAUGGAGUUUGUGCGCAACCCGGUCGCGUUCGUCCGGCGAAAGGACUUUCUUCUCAUCUACGGAUUGUACGUUGCCACGUACGCGACCGCGAACGCCACGGACACCGUCUGUGAGCUCAUGGACACAGACAACAAGAUGCCCAAGUUGAUUGGGACUACCGCCGUCAACGUGUCCCUGUGCGUGGCCAAGGACCGUGAGUAUGCCCGAAUGUUUGGCCUCAUCGCACCCACCAAGUUCCCCAUCACGUCUCUCGGACUCUUUGCGAUGCGUGACGCCCUGUCCGUUGGCGCGACCUUCGUCGCGCCCCCCCUCGUGUCGCAUCUGUUCGAGAACCAGCUUGGCGCGUCGCCGUCCGCAUCGCACUCUGCGGCGCUGCUCUUGUGCCCGUCGCUGGCUCAGCUCGUGUCGACCCCGCUGCACCUGCUCAGUCUGGAUCUGUACAAUCACAAAGUCGCGACUCCUCAAGCCCGCCUCGCGUUCAUCUCGAAGGAGUACAUCAAAAGCGCCGCCGCGCGCAUCAGCCGGACGCUACCAGCUUUCGGAGUCGGUGGCAUCGGGAACAAGCAUAUGCGCGAGCGCAUGCGGGCCACGUGGUUGUAGAUGCGACGGAUGCGUGUAUCAAGUACGUGCACCCUUCAACUCGUCGAGAUUCUAGCUAGGUUCAUUUAUACAAUCAUUAACAUAUCAUAUCUAUUUUGAAG